AUAAUGCCCCUUUCUUCUUCCUCUUUCUUCUUGUCCAUGUACUAAAUCUCUACACCAUCUUCACUUCUUGCCUUCCCUAAACCAAAAGAUUAUCCUCAUCUUCCUCCUCCUCCUCUCCACCCAUGGCCACUAUCACCAACUUCUUAUCCAAACCUCCAUACAUCUCUAGACUUAAACUAGACUCCUCUUCUUCUCCUUCUUCUUUCCUUCAUUCAUCACCAUUAACAAUCAUCACUAGAAACACCAAAAAAUAUAACAAAGCCUUUCUCUCAAGAAACUCAAUAUCCCACACAUCAAAAUCAUCAAUAUCAGCAAGUGGUGCUGCCACCCGCAAAGUCGAAAGUGAUGAACGUGUGAAGAAAGUCCAUACGAUCGAAGAAUUCAACGACGCUCUCCGAUCAGCAAAAAACAGACUAGUUGUAGUUGAAUAUGCGGAGAGCCAAAGCACCGACAGCCAACGUAUAUAUCCAUUCUUGGUGGAGCUAAGCCGGACGUGCGGCGACGUAGAUUUUCUCCUUGUAAUGGGCGAUGAGUCUGAAGACACUAAAGAGCUUUGCCGAAGAGAAGGUAUCGAAAAAGUUCCCCACUUCAGCUUCUACAAAGGGAUGGAGAAAGUGCAUGAAGAAGAAGGGAUAGGACCCGAUCAGCUGGUCGGCGAUGUGCUUUAUUACGGCGAUAACCACUCGGCGGUGGUGCAACUACAUUCAAGACAAGAUGUAGAAGAAUUGAUAAAUGUACAUAAAGAGGAUGGAAAGCUUUUAAUUCUUGAUGUAGGGUUGAAGCAUUGUGGACCUUGUGUGAAGGUUUAUCCAACUGUGCUUAAGCUUUCAAGGUCAAUGGGGGAUACAGUUGUGUUUGCAAGGAUGAAUGGGGAUGAGAAUGAGAGUUGCAUGGGAUAUUUAAAGGAUAUGGAUGUGGUGCAAGUGCCUACAUUUUUGUUUAUUAGAGAUGGAGUUAUAUGUGGGAGAUAUGUGGGUUCUGGUAAAGGAGAGCUUGUUGGGGAAAUACUUAGAUACCAAGGAGUUAGAGUUACUUAAUUAGACCUUGGACAUCUUCUUGUUGGCUACUUUUGGUUUAAGUAGGGUUUGUCUCCAUUGAUGCAUCCAUCCAUGUCUAAUAUAUGUCUUUUUAGUAAUCAAGGAGUGUUGAGUAUCUUAUAAAUGAAUGGUUAUGUAUGAUGUAUAAGGUGGGAUAUUGAUGAAUGAGGAGAAAAUAUAUAUAAUUUUUCUA